AUGGGUUGUGGAUUGAACAAACUAGAGAAGAAUGAUGAAAAACGACCUGGUAAUAUCUAUUCGACUUUGAAGAGGCCCCAGGUAGAAACCAAGAUAGAUGUUUGCUAUGAAUAUCGAUUCCUGGACUUUACAACACUAAAUGAUACUGAGCUGCCAGGAUCGUCUGCAAUCAAGCUCUCCUCCUUGCGUGAUCUUCCAGCUCAGCUGCAAGAAUUGUACCAGGAGGGCUUUGUCUUGGCUGCUGUCCACCCUUUCGUGCAACCAACUGAUGAAAAAGAGAAAACUCCCCAAGAACAAAUCUUCAGGGCUGUGCUUAUCAAGAAAGCAGAAAGGUCUCCAAAAGGUGAUGUCCGUAGUGAAGGAUAUGUCUUGGAGGUAGAGUGCUGUUCCUCUUUAAACCAGCUUUCAGACAAAAAGGAGAUACCUGAUUUUAUUAAGAAAAUUCAAGAUGCUGCAAGUCAAGGCUUGAAAUUUGUUGGAAUUAUACCUCAGUACCAUUCCCAAAAGAACUGUCUUGUCAGCACCUCCCUGACACCCUCCAGUAACAACUCUGUGCAAUCAAGAGAUAAUAAAAAUGUUUCAAAUUACCCUGAGGAUCAUGCUUCAUUGGAUGGCGAGAAAAUAGAUGGCAUUAAUGGAUGCAGUACUCCAGCACUGAGUGAGGAAAGUGCUGACCAAUAUGGCACAUCCAGGGAGGGCUGGAGAGGUGAAGGACAGGCUGCUGAAGAGCUGAAUCUCAAGUCUGUGAAGCGAAACGAGGAACAGUUUCAACAUGCAAACCCAAGUGUAACAGAAGCAGCAGACAAGCCGAAUGGACUUGCAGAGAAUGAAACACCAGCACGAUGCUUAAAACCGCUUACUGGCAAAGCAGAGAUCUUCGCUCUCUUCAACAAGCCAAAAACCCCACAAAGAUGCAGCCAGUAUUAUACAGUGACUAUCCCUAUGAGGAUCACUAGGAAUGGGCAGACUGUCAACAGCUUAGAAGCAAAUUGGCUGGAGCACAUGACAGAUCACUUCAGGAAAGGCGGCUCAUUGGUAAACGCGAUCUUCAGCCUUGGAAUGGUAAAUG